CUCAAACUCAAAUUGUGCUAACCCACUCCAUCAAGUUUGCUCCUAAAUCAGCAGAUUUUCUACAAAAUGUUGAUCUCUAAAAUGACCCAAGCAUUCACUAAAAUUGGAGCUCUCUGUAGCAUUGUAAGUUAUACAGGGCUUACUCCUAAAUCUCAUAUUUUUCUCACAGAGAGUAACAAAUCCAUCAAAGCUUUCUUUUUGCAUUUCCAGGAUGAGCUUUUCAUUGCUUCCAAGAAGAAAAAGUACAUGGUCAACAUGAGUAACCUGGACUACGAUGUCAUGAAGAAGUACACAGAGGAGCUAUAUGCGGAGUAUGUCAUCAACUUGGCUGUCUCUAAAUCGCAUUUCCUCCCUGGUGUUUCAAGAUUUCUCGGAGAGGUCCAACCCCUCAGGAUUGUAAGAUUCCAUGAAUUAUCUGUGAAAGAAAAUCUUUACGAUUGCUUUAUACUCCUCGCUGCUUGGCAUAAUCUCCGCCCAGUGAAAGAGAUGAGAAGAAUCCUGAGAGUAGUAAAGAAAGAGCAUUUCUCACAGAAUGGCUUCAUCAGGCUUAAAAGUGACCAAAUUGAUGAAAAUAAUUUUGAUGACUGGGAAACUUUGAGGGAUGAUGGCGAUGAUGUACCCCAUUGGAAGUUAAAAAUAGAUCUAUCCUCACGUAUGAACCAGAAUAUUCGAGGGCUUAAAUGCUCAACCAAGUUUUUAUGCAUCUCUACUGAGGAAUUUCAUCCAGCUUAUGAAUUCUUGAAGAUCGAUAAUGACAGCCUAUUUAGAGGGUUGAGAGGAAUCCAUUUCAUCCUUCCUGAUGAUGCCAGUGCCACAAAUAUCAUUGAGGUUGAUAGAUGGUUCAAAAAAUUUAGAAUGUCAAAUACAAGGAAGAUUUCAAAUGUAACUUGAUACAGAUCGUUUAAAAAGGCUAUUCAUCAUUCGAAAUGGUGCACUCACUUAUCGAUGAGUUCCCUAAGCGAUAUUAUGAUUUGUAAUGGAGUCCUGAAUUACACCUACAAAAGUGUGAUAUAUAGAAUUGAAGCCGAGCAGUUAUGAUUUCAAAUCAACGCCUCUGACAUAGAUCCUAUCCUUCAAGAGGCAGGAUAUAUACCUUGAAGUCCGGGGAUCAUAAAGCUGGUGUCGAUUUCAAAUUGGAAAAAGUAUCGACUGAGAAACCCAACCCGUCACCUGAGAAAUAUGUUUAAAGAUGAAGAUGACAUUAUUCUGUUUAAAAACCGACGCCUGGAGGCCACUCUGGAAUGAUGCGAUCUGUUUUGUGCACCUGUUAUUAAUGCUUAUCAGUACCUACAAGUCAAAAAUUUAAAGCGGAUCAAGAAUUCGGGGGAUAUAUCACUGUUUAACCACUUUGAAGUCAAAGAAUCUUUGAUGGGCACAAGCAUUAUUUUGGAAAUCACAGAUCCCAAUUUAGCAUUUAAUCUAGAUGAGUUUCGCAGAUUAAGAUUCAACAAUAUCAGAGAUUUUGAAUGGAGUGUUAAUAUCACUAGUUUCGUGAACAAUACUGACGAGUAUGUCAAUGCAUGAAAAAUCCUGUUUGAAAAGUCCCCAAUACUUAGAAAGGUGUCCUUUAGCAUUAUAGUCGAAUGAGGAGCGUCUAUUUUAUACUGGUUGACCAGAAAGUCCUUUAAAGAUGGGAGCUUAGAGAGGAUAAAAAGCUGCCAUACCUCUUCACAGCUUCAGUUGAUUUUAAGAAACUAUCAUUGCAAAUGGGAAAUGCUGCCUGAUUUCAUAUGAAGAUAACUGCUGACUGAUUAUUCAGAAAUUUCUUGAAAUUCAUGAUUAGGCUGAUAUCCACCAGGCUCCUGAGGUAACUUAGCUAUGAUAAUUGAAAUCCUUCA